AUGUCUCAAAUCGCCGCGUGGCGCGGCCCGGACUUCGGCCUGCUGGGCUACUGGCACCACGGCGUCAUGUGCCCGGACGGCACCGUCAUCCACUACACCACGGGCUCGCACCUGCGCGACAAAGUCCAGCCGCGCUCGAAGCGGCGCGCCAAAAUUAUCCGCACCAACCUGGACAAUUUCCGCAAGGAUGCCCCCGCCAUAUAUGACGUCGUCCCCGGCCCCACCGCCCCGCGCCUCCCCGUCGAAGAGGCCGUCGCACGCGCGGAGAGCCGCCUGGGCGAGGCCACCUACAAUUUACUAUUUAACAACUGCGAGACCUUUGCCAAUUGGUGCGUCAGCGGAGAAGGGAAGAGCAGGCAGAUUGGCCACCAUAUGCGCUACGUCGCUAGGGGGUUUGUUCCAUUCGGCCUGCCCGGCGCUGUUGUAGGCAUUUUCGCGAGCGCGUUUAAGAUGAGCGUGGGAGAUGUGCGCCGCCAGCGUAUGAAAAUCAGAGGAUUGUUGGGGGGUAAAGACGACGACGAAAAGGCCGACGAGGCCGCUGAGGAGACCGAGGCGGAUGUGCCCGGCGAGAGCGCCGAGAUGCUGGACGAACAGAACGAGAACUUUAUCGAAGGGACCGCGAGCAAGAGCGCCAAGACUUUGCCUGCCACCCCGAGCGCCAGCGCCAAGACUUUGGCAGACACCCCAGCUAAGAAAUCGGGGAAGACGCCUGCCAUAACCCGCAAAAAGACCUUCAUAGCUCGAGCAAAGUCGGCCAAGCUUCCCACAAGCAUUGCUCGGGGUGAGAGCUGGGACAUGCUACAGGACCUCAAAGACGCCGCAGUCAACGUCAUCGGUGGCAAAGCCCCCAGGAGGGCCAGUGUUGCAGUCCCUCGUGCACAGUCGACUAGUAAUCUGACCAAGGGGGGCGGUAAGAUGGCGAACAAACCCCGCGAGAAGCCUGUCGACAUCCCAACCGAGGACGAGAUCGUCCCCAACCCCGUUGCCGCGAGCGUAACGUCUUCCAAAUCUCUGGCCUGA